GAGUCGCCGCCAUAGUUGACUUAGACAGAGAUUAACCCCAAAAAGAAUCCCAAAUCAUCCUCUCCUCAUCGAUCGAGAGAGAAGACCAAAACGAGGAGACUAAAACACUUCCUUCCGUCGUUCACUACUAUUCGACGCCGGCGGUUAUAAAUCGGAGAGAUACUCUCUGAUUUGGCCGUCUCGAUCAACAGAUCUAGGAAGGAAGUUAGGGUGUGUGUGGAGAAAUGAACAAGUAGAAUAGAAUAGAAUAGAGGUAAUCACAACAUGAAUAGAAAUAAAAGGAGUUUGGAUGGUAACAACGGUGAUGAUGGUGAUCACCCUGAAAGAAAACGUCCUGCUCUUGCUAGUGUGAUUGUAGAGGCUCUGAAAGUAGACAGUUUGCAGAAGCUUUGCUCUUCUUUGGAACCUAUUCUCCGCCGAGUUGUCAGUGAGGAAGUCGAACGUGCUUUGGCCAAAUUAGGCCCUGCUAGGCUUACUGGAAGUUCUGGGUCUGGGUCUGGGUCUGGGUCUUCUCCAAAGCGAAUUGAAGGUCCCGAUGGCCGGAACUUACGGUUACAGUUCAGGUCUAGGUUAUCUCUCCCCUUAUUCACAGGAGGAAGAGUUGAAGGAGAGCAGGGUGCUGCAAUCCAUGUCGUCUUGAUUGAUGCCAACACUGGGCGCGCCGUGGUAUAUGGUCCAGAGGCUUCUGCAAAGCUUGAGGUUGUUGUGCUUGAGGGUGACUUCAACAAUGAAGAUGAUGAAGGCUGGACACAGGAAGAAUUUGAAAGCCAUGUCGUGAAAGAGCGUCAAGGGAAGAGGCCGUUGCUGACUGGAGAUUUGUAUGUUACUCUCAAGGAAGGGGUUGGAACUUUGGGCGAGCUGGUUUUCACCGAUAACUCGAGUUGGAUUCGGAGUAGGAAGUUCAGGCUUGGUUUGAGGGUUGCUUCUGGGUGUUGUGAUGGCAUGCGCAUACGUGAGGCAAAGACUGAAGCUUUCAUUGUUAAAGAUCACAGGGGAGAAUUGUACAAGAAGCAUUAUCCACCUGCUCUGAAUGAUGAUGUGUGGAGACUCGAGAAGAUUGGUAAGGAUGGUGCAUUCCAUAAGAAGCUUAAUGCUGCAGGAAUAUUCACUGUAGAAGACUUUCUGAGAACAAUGGUCAGAGAUUCUGCAAGAUUACGUACUAUUCUCGGAAGUGGAAUGUCAAACAAAAUGUGGGAUGCACUAGUAGAGCACGCCAAGACGUGUGUCCUGAGCGGUAAGCUUUAUAUCUACUAUGCUGAGGAUUCGAGGAAUGUCGGCGUUGUGUUCAAUAAUAUCUAUGAGCUAAGUGGUCUCAUUUCCGGAGACCAAUACUACUCUGCUGAUUCUCUUACUGAAAGCCAAAAGGUAUAUGUUGAUGGGCUGGUGAAGAAAGCAUAUGACAACUGGAACUUAGUCAUAGAGUAUGAUGGAAAAUCUCUCAUAGACAUGAAGCAGCCUCAGAGAUCGGGUAUUACUCAAGCUGAUGAGGCUAAUUACUCAACUGCUGCCAUUAACCAUCCAAUGCAGAUGGCAGGGCAUUCAUCCUCAGUGCCGGCUAAUCAACCUCCAGUGCUUUCUGAUUUUGCUAUUGGAGGGUAUGAUCAAACUAUGGCGACAAGGUAUCCUCUGAAUCCUCAGCUUGUAGUCUCCAACCCGAGAGCACAAUUUGAGGUUGCUUCCGGCGCAACAACUCAGGAUCAGCUCAUGGGAAAUCUACAUCAAGGUCAAAGCUCCAUGAACAAUCAAAACAUGAACGGUAUGCUUGCUCUCGGUCCUCCACAGGCAUCCACGAGUGGAUACCAAAACAUCAACUCUUCUUCAGUCCAACAGGCAAAUCUCAAUCCUUUUGAAGACUGGUCGAACCACCGUGAGAGAGGAGCGGAAGAGUUCUUCUCAGAGGAAGAGAUCCGUCUGAGAAGCCACGAAAUGCUGGAGAACGAGGACAUGCAACAGUUCCUCCGCCUAUUCAGCAUGGGAGGAGGAGGGGGAGGAGGUAAUGGCUCUGCUACACAUUUGCAGGAAGAUGGGUAUACUUUCCCGUCGUUUCUACACACGCCUAUGCAGGGUUAUGAUGAAGACCGUGGUCGAUCAGGCAGAGCUGUUGUUGGGUGGCUUAAGAUAAAGGCAGCAAUGAGAUGGGGUUUCUUCAUCAGGAGGAAAGCUGCUGAGAGGCGUGCACAGAUUGUAGAGCUGGAUGAUGAUGACGAAGAAUAGUCUGGUCCUUCUUCAUCAUGAUCGUAUCAUACCUUCAUGAUGAUGGUAACAACACUACUGACUCAAAACAGUGUUUACCAACUGGAAACGGAAUCUUGAAGGCCACGAGGCAGCAGCAGAGCGAAUGGAGGUGAAGUGACACAGGUAUUGUAUAAAAGGAGUGUACAGAUAGAUUCAGUGGAUGUGUUGUGUUUAUGAAGCAGGAGACUUCUAAUAUGUUUGAUCGACUCAUUUAGACAGUAGCAUUCUUAAGAACUGAUUUUGCAGUCUUAACAAGUAGAAUCUUGUCCUUUUUCCUUCUUUUUUUGAUACUCAAGUAGACUUGUGUUCCACUAAAGACCAGUGUUAUGUUUCUAUGAUUCUUGCUUGAUUAUUAGUUGGUUGUGUUCUGGGAAUUUUCAACUA